AUGCGGGAGCACGGCGGAGCUGAUGGUGACACGGUCUGCAAUUUCAGUUCCUCUCCGUCAUACACGAUCUCGGUCAGGUAUUGUCAAGGAGAAGCAAUAUACAGAUGGUACAAUCAGCUAGACGUUCAGAACGCGUUUCUUCAUGGUGUUCUUGAGGAAGAAGUGUUCAUGAGGCAGCCACCAGGAUAUGAAAACAAAAACACACCAAACUAUGUCUGUAAGUUGGACAAGGCAUUGUAUGGGUUAAAACAGGCCCCAAGAGCCUGGUAUUCGAGGUUAAGUACACAGUUGCAAAAGCUUGGGUUUACACCAUCAAAGGCAGAUACCUCAUUAUUUUUUUAUCAUAAGAACAAUAUUACUAUAUUUGUUCUUGUUUACAUUGAUGAUAUAAUCGUUGCCAGUUCCAGCUCAGAUGCUACAGCUUGUCUGCUUAAGGAUUUGAAGUUGGAGUUUGCUCUCAAAGAUUUGGGAGAUCUACAUUACUUUCUUGGAAUUGAGGUCAAGAAGGUAAAUGAUGGCAUACUUCUUACACAAGAGAAAUAUACCAUGGACAUUCUCAGAAGGGUAGGUAUGGAAAAAUGUAAGCCGGUCAGUACACCUAUCUCUACUUCAGAAAAGCUUACUGUUGAAAGUGGAGAAGCACUUGGGCCAGAUGAUGCAACAAAUUACAGAAGUGUUGUAGGUGCAUUACAAUACUUGACUCUUACACGUCCUGAUAUUUCAUAUUCUGUUAACAAAGUAUGUCAAUAUUUGCAUGCUCCUACUAUUGUUCAUUGGACAACAGUCAAAAGGAUUUUGAGGUAUCUCAAGUUCACAGAGGGACUUGGUCUCCAGAUUGUCAAGUCUUCUUCUAUGCUUGUGUCAGCUUACUCUGAUGCAGAUUGGGCAGGGUGUGCUGAUGAUAGAAGGUCAACAGAUGGCUUUGCUGUGUUUCUGGGAACAAACCUUGUGUCAUGGAGUGCAAGAAAACAGGCAACAGUCUCACGUUCAAGCACUGAGGCUGAGUAUAAAGCUUUAGCUAAUGCAACAGCUGAAGUAAUGUGGAUUCAGACAUUGUUACAUGAACUUGGAAUUAAAGUUCCACAGGCUGCAAGAUUAUGGUGUGAUAACAUUGGUGCAACCUAUCUUUCAGCUAAUCCUGUUUUUCAUGCACGGACAAAGCAUAUUGAAGUUGAUUUUCACUUUGUCAGAGAAAGAGUGGCACGAAAAUUGCUUGAUAUAAGGUUUAUUCCAACAGGUGAUCAACUUGCUGAUGGAUUCACAAAACCUUUGACAAUGCGGAGGUUAGAUGAUUUCAAGUACAAUCUUAACCUUGGCAAGUAG